CAGACAUUAGUACUGGCCUGGCUGCUCACUUCUAGCCUACUAUCGGAACCACAGCAUCGCAGUGCUGUCGAGGCUUAAACACGGUCAGGCGUAUGGACAGGCGCCCGUAGCUCCGGGACCCUCUCUUUCUCUCCUUUAGCAAUUAUCCGUGCACUUAGCGGACUACGCCGACCGAAGAGUCAUUUCGGCUAAAUAUCUAUCUUGUUUUCUGCUCCUCGGUCUCUCCGCUGCAGGGCCUCUUCAGUUUACAGGAAAAAAGUGGGUGUUUGCUGCUCACUGGUGUUCCGGCAGCGGCAGCGGCAGCGGCGUGCGGCGGCGAAGUGUCCUCGAUGGCAGGCUGGAAGGACGGCUCGGUGCAGGAGAAGUAUCGGCUGGUUGUGGUCGGAGGCGGCGGUGUUGGGAAAUCAGCCCUGACUAUCCAGUUCAUCCAGUCAUACUUUGUCACUGACUAUGACCCCACGAUUGAGGACUCCUAUACCAAGCAGUGUGUGAUUGAUGAAAGGGCGGCUCGGCUCGACAUCCUCGACACGGCUGGACAGGAAGAGUUUGGAGCCAUGAGAGAACAAUACAUGAGGACAGGGGAGGGCUUCCUGCUCGUCUUCUCAGUCACUGACAGAGGAAGUUUUGAGGAAAUCUACAAAUUCCAAAGACAAAUCCUUCGGGUGAAGGACAGAGAUGAAUUCCCGAUGAUCCUCGUAGGAAACAAAGCAGAUCUGGAACUACAGAGACAAGUAACCCAGGAAGAGGGCCAGCAGCUGGCCAGACAACUGAAGGUCACAUAUAUGGAGGCUUCAGCCAAAAUCCGUAUGAACGUAGACCAGGCUUUCCAUGAGCUGGUUAGAGUAAUCAGGAAAUUCCAAGAACAGGAAUGUCCACCCUCGCCAGAGCCUACGAGAAAAGAGAAAGACAAGAGCGGCUGCCAUUGUGUGAUCGUCUGAGUCGGCCUUAUCACUGUAACUCAUGCAGCUACUCUGUACCGCGCUGCCCACUCUGCCUGACAUCACAUCCUCAGAGGAUGACUGACCGCUGCCUUUCUCCACGUGCAUGACUUCAGACGGCCUUUUCGGAGAUACUCUGACCAGGAAGUGCUGUCCCCAGGACAUCACUAAGGACAACUGACAAUGCCAAAUUUUAACACCACUCUACCUUCAGAAGUAAUUUAAUCCACAUGAGAGAGUCCCAACACUAAACAUUGCCUUCUAAAUCAGCCUGACCGAUUAAUGUUUUGUACUCUGAAGGACUUCUCUUGCCUUGUAGUGACAUUUGUACUUGCUACCGAGAUUGAAUGAAAACUAUAUAUCCAGAAUGUUAAUACGUUUCUUUAGUUUUCCAGUGUCUGAGCAGAGCAGAGAGAUUAUCUAAUGAAGCUUUGUGUAUGUUGUGCCAUAUCCACCUUUACCCCCCAUGUGCUAAUCUGCUACUGUACAUAUGUGACAUUUGUUGUGAUUUUCAAAGUGUAUUUCUAAUGAACUAUUAAAUCACCACAGUACAGUGUGUGAGGUUGACUUUGGUUUUGCAUAUAUGAAAGUGAAUAUAUAAGUAUGUAUAUAAAUAUAAAGCCUAGACAGACCUUAAAGCUACAAUGAUAGAACUUUUUGGCAUUCUGCAUUGAAAUCUUUACUUCGUCUGUGGUUUCUGCUUUUCAUCUCAAUUGCCAAAUAUGGAUUGUCUACUGUAUUAGAUUUUUUUUUAAGUUUUAUGGAUUGACUGAUUCCAAUCCAAUACCAACUCGUCAAUGUACCGAAAGUAGUGCAUUUGUCUGAAAUUCUUUCCUCAAGGCUGGCGCUUCCACCUAAAUUUGCCAUCGUUCAUUCUUUCAGAUCUCUUAGAAGCAGUAGAUCAAUGUAUUGGUAACAAACUGUGUAUCUUUGAAAAAUAACAAGAUUUAAGAUCAAAACACUGAACACUUUAUGCUCUAUAUUCAACUUUGUGAUGUAAAGAAAUCCAUUUGCAGCAAUCAAGGAUCAUUCCAGUGUCGUACAUCUUUUCUGUCAAACAUUUAGACUACAAAAUAGAUCAAAUAACUGUUAUAUCAUUCCAAUAACACAGUGGCAAUGUUUUUCUUUUUAUCUUCAAAUACUAAAUUUUCAUAAUUUGACCCCCAGUGAGGUGGAAACCAGGACGAGUGAAAGCAUUGAGGUGCACAUGGUGAUACAGUUGCUCUCCUUUAGGACAUGAACUGACUGGACCUGCCACCUGUGGAGAUUCAUCCCCACAGACAAAAAACACUGUACUGCCUUCUUUUUCCACCUCUGUACUUCUGUUCAGGCGUACUAAUGAAGUACUGCAGUUUGUUUUUCAUAUCUUCAUCUUGUAAUAUAAACAACAAGAAAAUCAAAUGAUGGACUUGAUUAAUGUUUCUACUCUACUUUUAUACAUUAUUUUCUUAUCAAACUAGUUUACAAGUAUUUUUCUAUGUGUAUAAGUGAAAACAUCUUCACAGCACAGCUGUGUAUAUAUGUCAAGAGGAAUACUGAAUUCUCUUCAUUGUGUUUCACUGAAGGUGACCGCUGGCCCAAAUUAGCAAAAUUGGAUUUUAACCCCAGAUGUGACAGAGAAUGUUUUUCCCCCCUGCUGUGGCUUAAUCAUCGAAAAAUGUAUCUUCAGGUGUUAAUCACCUGCUCAAAAUGUAAAAUAUCUAGGUCAGGUGUUAGUGUUUAAGAAAGGAUUCUUGCCUUGACAUAGAGCUUCAAAACCUGGAAAUGAACUAUCAUAAUCACUAAGGUUUGAUAUACCAAUUUCCCAACUUAUUGGAAAUCCAAGUGUACAUCAAAAUCAUGCGUCUUUUUUCUUCUUUUUCUUCCAUAUCAGUGUCUUUUGCCCUGUGUGUAGCUUUUGGUGCUAAAAUAAAAUCUGUCAUUGAGCCA